CACCCACUAAUCAGCGGCGGGGACCACCCGAGGACCAGCCGGCAACUUCUCCUGCCUUCCGACUCCCGAAAUCGCUCGUCCAGCCCAACAGGAACCGCGCGCCGGCUUGUGUUUGUAGGCCAACUGUGGCCCACGCGCCAUUCACAUACGUCGAUGACAAACACUUAGGUCGUAUUUGUUGCAUUCAUUUCGAAGCUCAUUGGCCGAACUUGAGCGCUAAGCAAACAAAGCGUGCGAUUGGUCGGCGAAUGUAGGCCCUCCGCUCCCCUUACUUGGGUGUCCGCCCUUUGACUCCUCCCCACUGAGAUCAAAUCCUCGGAGACUCCCCCGGUCCGCCGCCGUCACUCCCCGGGAGACGCGGGCGUGUUUGGAAGCAUGCUGGCCUGCAGACGACUGGCUGCGCUGGGACUCCUGCUGGUGCUCUGCCAAGGCCGUGGGGAAGACGGCGGCGCCGACUCGUGCGACAACUUCACCGACUUGAACCUGUCUCACUGCUUCCUGGGCACCAACCUGUACGUGCGCCUGCUGCUCUACACUCGCGCCAACCCGGCGUGCGGGCGCGAGCUGCACCACCGGCGCUUCCCCUCCGAGCCGCUCUUCGACCUCUCCCGGCCCACCGCCUUCGUCGUCCACGGCUACAGGCCCACCGGAGCCCCGCCCGUGUGGAUCGACCGCCUGGUGCGUCUGCUGGCCGAGGGGCGGGACCUCAACGUCGUGGUGGUGGACUGGAACCGCGGUGCCGCCAACCUCAACUACCUCGCCGCCGUGGCCUACACCAGGGAGGCGGCCCACAACCUGACAGGCUUCAUCAGGGCCAUGCAGGAGGAAGGCGCCUCGCUGGGCUCCAUGCACCUCAUCGGCGUCAGUCUGGGGGCGCACCUCGCCGGCUUUGUGGGCGCCAACCUGAAGGGAAAGGUCGGACGCAUCACAGGUUUGGACCCGGCCGGACCUCUCUUCACCGGCGCCACGCCGGACGAGAGGCUGGACCCGUCGGAUGCCAUGUUUGUGGACGUGCUCCACACCGACAUGGACUCGUUUGGCCUGCGGGGGGCUCACGGUCACAUCGACUUCUAUGCCAACGGGGGGGCCGACCAGCCCGGCUGCCCCAAAACCAUCUUUGCCGGGAAGUCUUACUUCGUGUGCGACCACCAGCGUUCCAUGUUGCUGUACCUGUGCGCACUCAACCGCACUUGCACCCUGAGGGCGUACCCGUGCGCGUCCUACGCCGACUUCCUGGAUGGACGCUGCCUGCAGUGCGAGGCCUUCAAACCCGCUUCCUGCCCGCAGCUCGGCUAUGACGUCAUCCAGUGGCGGGAAAGUCUCUUGCGUCUGGGACAGACCAAAGUGUUCUUCAGCACCACGGCCUCGCAGCCCUACAGGAAGCUGAACUACAGGGUGGACAUGGUGACAUGGAACCAGUACCUCCGCUGGGGGGUGGUCUACAUCCGCCUGCACAGCGGCAGGAACGUCACCGAGGCCCGCGUAGACCACAAGCUUCUGCGCUUCGAGCAGUUCACAUCAACGCGUCUUCUGGCGCAGUUCGAAGAGGACCUGCCGCACGUGCACAAGAUCUCCCUGCGGAUCAACACGGGCAAUGUGAUCGGCCCUCGCUACAAGAUCAGACUGUUGCAAAUACGACUGACGCCGCUCGAGCGCCCGGAAAGGCCGCUGAUGUGCCGCUUUGACAUCAUCAUGGAGGAGAACACAGAGGUGGCGUUCCGGCCCUUGUCGUGCGAUUCUCGUCGCUAAUCUAACGAGCACAGCGGCCAUCUUGAGGAGGACUGCAACCCAGAUGGACAAUGACUUCAUGGAUAACAGGAAGUACGUUUGUCAUGUGGACAAAACGAACUUUGAAGACUGUUUACCUCAUGGGCGUUCACCAAGUUUUAAACACAUUCACUGCCAUUGACGGUUUUAGAAGUCAAAUAUCCAUGUUAACUGGGAGAGCUAGCAGUGAAUGAGUUAGGGUGCCUUUGGGGAUUCAGUUGUCCAGGUAACCUGCAGAAGUUGAGGUAACGCGACUAUCUGAAUAACUGCAACAGUUCCAACUUUAAACUGUGCAGCUAUUUUCAAAAUAAAACCAAACAAUUAUGAUAAAAUUUCUACCUUUUUUGUCCAAUUCAAACCAUUUCAACUUUGAGCUGCUCAACUCACUCACGUUCCGAAAAAUAAAAAAUUAAAAGCCGAAAAUUAAGAUUUAGUUUGCGUAUUUCCCUUGGGUACUCAUUUGUAAUCGGAUAAUUAUACAAGGCCAACUUGCCAUCAAGCCUUCACUAAUUCAACUUUCAUGCUUACCAGAGUAAGCAGGCCCUUUCAAAAUUUCCACGGGAAUGUUCUACUUUCCUCUCGGCCAAUGAGUCUCCAUUGAACUCAAUUACUUGUACUCAGACCCUUCUUGUUGUCCCUCAGUGCCUUCAGUCACUUUUUCUUUUACUGUGCUAUUUCUGCUUGAUAUUGACGUUCACAAACAGCACACAAAAGCUGAGGUUAUUUUUUUAUUUUAUUUUUUAUUUUGAUGUUUCAAUGUAACAUUUCACAACACAUCUAAAUAAAGUCGAGCUACUCACAAAUUAAUUAUUGUUCCAUGUGGUCUAGGUACGUAAUAAACAAGAGCCAUAUUGCAAGGCAUUUGAGCACUUAUUCGAUACUCUGAUACCCAGGGUUAAAGUCCAUCAUAUACUAGUACGCUCUUAGUCAUCACUAGGAAGACAAUUCAGCGCACAAGCAGAAAAUCGAAUAAAUGUUAAAAUAGGUUGCCUUAAGAACAAGUAGAAACUAAAACAAAAUGGCAUGGACAACAACGGAGUGACACAUGAACUCACUAUAAAAGACAGAAAUUAAGUGACUGCAGGGGAAACGGUGGAGCAGACAAAACAGUUUGUCUUCAGUGGGCGACGUCACCAGCUGGGACCUGCGGACGCACACAGCGGGAGGGAAGAAGAAAUUAAGGCUAAGUCGAGAGGUGGCGUCUCUAAUGCGGAUCACGACGACAGCGGCGGAGGAUUUUAAGCCGCGCGGGCGUGGCCGAGCCGGCGGAGGAAACGGGAUUGGACGAACUCUAUGACCUCUGGGUCGUAGGUCAAUGCGACUAGUGCGGUGGUUGUUACACAACCCAGCACAGAAAAAGAAACCUUAAAAAAAGACUCGUUGAGCUGCAGGUUUGAGCAAGUUGCUCAAAGGGGAUGUUGUAUUAUGCAAUUUUUUUCACAACUUAAAAAGGGUUUGACAGCAACGGUUAGCACGUCUGCCUCUCAGUUUAAGAGUCAAGGUUCGAAUCGGGGCUUCGGCCUUCCUGUGUGGAGUUUGGACGGUCUCCUCGUGUUUGUGUGGGUUUUUAUUGGCCCAAUCCAAGAUCAUGCUAGCUUCAAUGAAGACAUACAAAUUAAAUUGUCCCUGGGGGCAGGGCGGAGUUUGUGGGGGACAAUUUUUGUUUGUUUGGUUUUUUUGCCCUGACAUUGGGUGCUGAAAAUAUAUAUAUAUUUUUAUGUUUUUUUAUUUGUAUUUUAUUUACUUGUUUGUUUUUAGUUUGUUUCCCAGUUGAUUGUAUCAUUUUUAUUUGUUGUUAUUAUUAUUUUUAUAUUUCCCGCAUCCUUAGUGAGGAUAAGCGGUAAAGAAAAUGGAUGGAUUUUUAUAUUUUUUAUUUCAUUCACUAAAAUAAACUAGAUUGAUUUAUUGUUUGUUUGAUUUUAGGUUGUUUUUUCUAGUUAUAUUUUUUAAUUAUUUUUUUUAAUUUGCAUUUAUGUAAUUUUUUUUUCAUUUCAUUAACUUAU